AUGUCGUGUACAAAAGCAGCUAUGCUUUUGGAAAGAACACAUAUUAUGAAAAAAGGAACAACACAAAAAACAAGUGCACAGUUCUCAUCCUGCACCCUUAAUGUGGAGCUCUCAGAUUUCCCACUUUUAUGUUAUACUGGUGGCGAAAUUGUAGAAAAAGAAGGUGGUGUGUCAUAUUUAGGCGGGGAAAGUAAGUGUUUGUUCAUUGGUUCUAAUUUGAAUUUCUCAGAGGUUUUGAGUAAGAUAUAUGAAGUUAUGGGAUGUGAUCCACGAUAUGUAGAGUUGAAAAUGCGAAUGAGUUAUCCAAUAUACAACUCACACACAGCAGCUAUUCAAUUGAAUGAUGAUAAUUCAUUAAGAGCUAUGUGGGCUGUUGUGAGACAAAAUUCAAUGUCCAGGAUUGGAUCAUUCACUAGAAUGCUCACUGAUGAUCGAUACAUUGUUGAUCAUUUAUCGGAUGUGACUUCUCCUAGUUCCUCACCUCAUAUAGGGAAUGCUUCUUUGGGCGACUUCAACAAUGUUCCUGAGGUAGACCCAAAAGUUCUUGAUUCUUGGAGAACUUGGUCUGGGAACAACACAUUUACUCUUGAGGGUGAGUUUGAAAUUGGUCAAGAGUUUGAUUCUUUGCAGCAGUUAAAAGAUGUAGUGAAACUAUACUCUAUAUCCAAAAAUCAAACUUUUCGAGUCAAGGAGGUGGAGCCACAAAAUGUUAUACUUGAUCUCAUACGAGCCGUCCCGUCUUUAAAAGUUUGUGCUAUAGUGCAAGUUAUUAAAGAUCGCUUUGAGUAUACCAUCACAUACAAGAGUUCUUGGUUAGCUAAAGAGAAGGCGAUCACUAGUAUUUUUGGAGAUUGGGAGAAGUCAUAUGAAGAGUUGCCCAAAUAUAUGCAAGCAUUGAGUGAGUCAAAUCCAUCAAUUGAUGGUUUUAAACAUUGUCGUCCUCUUAUUACUAUUGAUGGAACUCAUCUUUAUGGCAAAUAUAGGGGCACACUUCUAAUUGCCAUGGCCACUGAUGCGAAUUUUCAGUUAUUUCCUUUAGCAUUUGCUAUUGUUGAAGGAGAGACAGGUGAGGCUUGGGAAUGGUUCAUGUUCUGCAUAAGACGUUCGGUUACUCAAAGAGAAGGCCUUUGUGUUAUUUCAGAUAGACAUGCUUCGAUUUUGAAAACAAUGGCCGAAGUAGGUAGUGGAUGGGAGGAGCCGCAUGCCCACCACAGGUUUUAUAUUCGUCAUCUUGCCUCAAAUUUCAAUUCUGAAUUCAAAAAUGCUCACUUGAAAAACUUAUUUGGUCGAGCUGCCGAUUCACGUCAAAAGGAAAAGUUUAUUAAAUACUUCGAUAGAAUUGGUGAAUUGAAAUUCGAAGCUCGUGAAUGGUUAGUCAAAGAUAAACCAUUGCAUAAGUGGUCAAUUUAUCAUGAUGGUGGGUUCAGAUAUGGUAUACGAACCACAAAUAUGUCAGAAUGCUUCAACGGUGUGUUGAAAGGAGCUCGUUUUUUACCUAUUACUGCUCUAGUUAAAAUGACAUUCUAUAGAGUUAAUUCCUACUUUGUCACUAGGCGUGGCUGGGGUAAGAGAAGAUUAGAUAAAGGUUAUGAGUACAGCGAAAAGGCAUUAAAAGUAAUUGAAGAUAACGUGAAGAAAUCAACAGCUCAUAAAGUUGUAUCUUUCAAUAAUGAACAAGGUUUGUUUGAGGUUACAACUGGUCGUGGAAGUCGCCCUUCUGGAAAAGGGGGUAAUGUGCAUACUGUCAAUCUUUCUAGAAAAACUUGCACUUGUGAAAAACUGAAAAUCUAUAAAUUGCCAUGUUCUCAUGUCUUGGCUGUUUGUCGUUAUCGAAGCUUGUCACAUGCUGAGUAUGUAGACCCUUUCUUUAAAACAUCAGAAUAUAGGCUUACUUAUGUGAAAAGCUUCAAGCCUGUAGGGGACGUUUCUAGAUGGUCUGCAUAUUCAGGGCCUAAAAUUGUUGCUCCUCCUUCUCAAAAGAGGAAACCUGGACGCACCCCUUCUAGUAGGUUUCGAAAUGAGAUGGACCAGAACACACGAGGAAAAAAAAUGUGCAACAUAUGUCGUAAAAGAGGGCAUAAUAAAAAAACUUGUGGUUAUAGGAAUAAUGGUCAAACUUCAGGGUAA